AGCAGUCGUGAUCCAAAGCUAUCGCUAUUGGGUAAAAUGCUAAGGGUAGAAGUAUUUAUGGUCUCUGUGGGGUUGCUUCAACAUUUAGGAAUCAUGUAUUUGCACAUCUGAAAUCUUUUCAUUUAGAAAUCAACAUGUUCAAAAAAGCAAAAAAGGCCAACCUGAGGGUGAAGAGGCAUGACUCCGAUGAUGAGGAGAAAGAAGAUGUGCAGCAGCCGCAGCUAUCGCUGCCGCAGCCCAUGGAAGUGCAGCCAUGCGGGCCGGGGGCAACCGAUGGCUUUGACCGGGAUAACAUACAGGCAAUUAACGUUCAUAGAGUCGCUGUGGAUGUACAGAAUGGAAAUGGGUUUCAGAUUGCCUCUUCCAAGGCACCCAAAGAGAAAAAGCGGACCAAGGAAAGCCGCGAUGGCCCGAAAGCGAGCUUGCUAAGCUUUGAAGACGAUGAAGGUGACACUGAGGUGUUUCGAGUGAAGAAAUCUAACUACAGCAAGAAGAUUGUGAAGCAACUGAAGAAGGAGUACAAGGAAGAUUUGGAGAAAACCAGCACUGUGGUUGCAGUAGGCCUACCUGAACCUGUGACCAAUGUGGAUGCUGUGUCAUCAGUCCCGGUGGCCCUCGUGGCUUCCCGUCAGGAGCCAAGCGUGGAGGGUAGCCGGGCCAGCAGCGAGCAGGGCGAGGAGGAGAUGGAGGUGGACAGUAACGACGAGCCCAAUGAUGAGGAGGAGGAGGAGAACAAUGCAGCUGAUGGCACCAAGACGGCAGGAGCAGCAGCAGGAGCAGGCGGAGCUGCGUUCCAGGCCUUAUCCUCUCUCAACACUCUCAGGCCAGGUGAGAUUCCUGACGCAGCGUUCAUCCACGCGGCCCGUAAGCGUCGGCAGAUGGUGCGAGAGCUGGGCGGGGACCAGCCAUUGGUGGAGAGCGGCGGUGAGGCCGGCAAGAAGAGGCUGCAGCGCGAGGACGAAGAGGAGGGCAGCGACGAAGACGAGGACGAGAAGAGGAUCAACUUCAGCGCCGUCAAACACAAGAGCCAGCGGCAGAAGAUUGCGGAGGAAAUCGGUAUCGAGGGCAGCGAUGACGAAGCGCUGGACACGGGCACUCAUGACGAGGAGGUGUGCCGCUGGGAACAGGAGCAGAUCAGAAAGGGCAUCAGCAUCCCCCAGGUUCAAGCUAGUCAACCCGAGGACACGAGCAUGUACUAUCAAAGCAGCUUUGACUCUCAGCCUUUCGGUUCCUCCUAUAGUGUACCGUACACGUACGCGGCUCAAGGCUCCGACCACAAGGUUGUCAGGCCCAAGGACUCUCUAACCUUUUGUCUGCCCAGUAGUGGCCUGAGCCCCAUCACCACAGAUCUGGUAAAGAAACGCCUUAAGGACAGGCUGGCACAGAUGCGCCAGGGCCACCAGGCCAACAGGAGGCGCUACGAUCAGAUCCAGGCGGACCUGGAGGCGUCCCACGGCGCCAUCCAGAGGUUGGAGGGCAGCUCCGAAGACAAUGCCGACCAGUACCAAUUCUUGCAAGAGAUGCGAGGGUAUGUUCGAGACUUGCUUGAGUGUUUCAGCGAAAAGGUGCCGGCCAUCUUGGAGCUGGAGGCCUCCAUGCACCAGUUGCUACGGCAGCGGGCGGCGCGCCUCGUCACCCGAAGACAGGAUGAUAUUAAAGAUGAAUCGGCGGAGUUUUCAAGCCUUUCAAGUAAGGCUGCCAUGGCGCCAGCACUAGACGCGUUUGGCCGAGACCGCACGGCCUACCAGGAGCACGCGAAGCAGAGGCGCAUCGCCGAGAGGGAGGCUAGACGGACGCGGCGUCGGCAGGCCCGAGAGCAGAACGGCAAGAGGGCCGAGCACAAGGAGGGUCUGUCCAGCGACGACGAGGAGACCUCCACGGACAUCACCAGUUUCCACCUGGAGAAAGAUAACAUCAACGCAGAGUCUAAAAAGAUCUUUGAGGACGUCGUGGAGGACUUCCACUCUCUUGACAGCAUAAAGUCCCACUUUGAGGUGUGGAGGAGACUGUAUUUCACCUGCUAUCGAGACGCCUACAUAGGCCUGUGUCUGCCCAAGCUCUUCAACCCUCUAGUGCGUCUGCAGCUCAUCAACUGGUCGCCCCUAGAGACUGAUUGUCCGAACUUUGAGUACAUGCUAUGGUUUGAGUCGCUGCUGUUCUAUGCUUGUGAGGAGCACUCAACGUUACAAACAGGAGACAAUGAUUCCUGUCUCCUGCCCUCCAUCGUGGAAAGAGUCAUCUUGCCUAAACUAGCCGUUCUGGCGGACCAGGUGUGGGAUCCGCUGUCGAGCAGCCAGACCUCAAGGAUGGUGGGCUUCAUGCACAAGCUCAUCAAGGGCUACCCCACCGUCAUGAACGGGGAGAACAGGAACACACAGGAGUUACUGAAGACCAUUGUCAUGAGGACGAGGAGGACGCUGGAUGAUGACAUCUACAUGCCGCUCUUCCCUAAGAACGUUAUGGAUAACAAGAACUCUGGCCCCUACCUCUUCUUCCAGAGGCAGUUCUGGACAUGUGUGAAGUUGCUGGGCAACAUUCUGCAGUGGUACGGCGUGCUCUCCAACUCCACGCUGAAGGAGCUGGCGGUGGACAGCACCCUCAACCGCCACAUCCUCUCUGCCCUGCAGAACACAGAGGCCGCGGAGGACUGCAUCGCCAAGAGCCAGAAGGUGGUGGAGUGUUUCCCGCAGCAGUGGUUCAGUGGUCUGAGGGGGCAGCAGCAGACGACGCUGCCCCAGCUGGAGAACUUCUGCCGCUACCUCAAGCACCUGGCCGGCACCCUGUACCGCACCGGGCUCACAGGCUCAGACCUGGAGCGCAGGAACAGCAGAGAGCAGAUCAAAGAGGUGAUGAAGCUGUUGAGUCGUCUGAGUGCGGUGGACCAUGUGAUGGCCAUGGCUACAGAGUACGGCAUCAAAGACGUCAAGCCCCUCCUGGAGGUCAAGUGAAGGACGCAAAUAGGACUCAGUCAGUCGGCGUAUACCGUGGCUAGCUGGCGUGGCGUCCCUCCAUUUUUAAAUCAUGGAAACACACACACACACACACACACACACACACACACACACACACACACACACACACACACACACAGCCGCUGAGAGCUUUGGCCGGGCCCAGGACAAAGUCAUCUGAAAGGGUCCCCCAGCCAAUACAGACAAUGUAAUGAGGACCCAAUUCUGAGCCCCCUUGACUACCUUUUGCUCCGCCCCCCAGUUGGCACCCCAGCACACACACACACACACACACACACACACACACACACACACACACACAAACUCUCUGUCCCACUCUGGGGAAGGAAGACUUUUGACUGCUGGAUACUUUAACCUACCGCACGAUUCCGGACAGUAGGUGGAGUAGGAGGAGUAUCAUCUUAUCUUAUUUCACUAUGGCUCGGGACCUGCCCUGAGCGGACAAUGACUCUGACCCAGACAGAACGAGAGAGAGAGAGAGAGGAGGUGUGCCCACCAUUCCUCUCUAAAAUGUACAUUGACUUAUGUUUUGGGAUGAUAUGCUUUUACGUUGUGUGACUUUUAUGUGGGAAUGAUAAAAUAUUUGCAGCAGUCUGUCCUGUCAUCAAAGCACUUGGCUAAUAUGUGCCAAAAAGAAAAUAUCCUCUCAUCUCUUCAGCAACGUGUGAGUUGGUAACUCCAAAAGCUGUUUUAUUUUAAUGUUUCCUGUAACACUUUUCCAUGGCUCAAUAAAGACUACAGCUUUGAGUAGA